AUGGCUUCUCUGUUCUUCCCCAACUUCGGCGGCCUCUUCCAAGCCUCCAUACUAGUCGUCAAUGCCAUAGCCAUCCUUUCCGAAGAUCGAUUCCUUGCACGAACUACAACAGUCGGCUGGGGCACAAGUCAACAGUCCGAGCCAUCCUUUGGCGGCGGCAUGCAAGACAACACCAGCGUCAAGGCCAAGAUGAUCAACCUGAUCAGUUCUGUGCGGACGUUGAUGAGGAUACCGCUCAUCUUCCUGAAUCUACUCAUCAUAGUCUGGGCCAUUGCGUUUGGUUGA